CUGAUUCGGUGCAUGGCUGACGCCAAGGCUUGUGCGGUGCAGAUGCAGCCACUUCCUGUGUUUGAUUGCGAAACCGCGAAAAUGGCAACAAAGCAGGCGAAGUUAAAGCCGGAGUGUAAAUAUGGAGCCAAGUGUUACAGAAGAAAUGCUGACCACAUCAAAGCAUAUAGUCACCCCAAAAGGAAAGCGGACGACGAAGAAGAUACUCCCGAUUGUCCGACUGGAGGCGGGGACAGGCCAAAGAAGGUAAAAGUUGCCCAGGACGCCACAAGCCCAGACAAGUCAGCCAAGUCUGAUGUCGACCCAGACAACACAAGCCAGGUCCCUGGAAAAACAGACUCACACAAAGAAGAUGAAGAAAUGAAGCAAGAUGAAGGAAUUAAAGAAGAUGAAGAGGAUGUUAGUGACAGUGAAGAAGAUGAAGAUGUGGACGCCUCGCCGAUGGAUGUGAAACAGUACAUCAAACACAAGUACCUGGUGGAAAUGCCACAAGACUUCUAUGAUUUCUGGGAGUUCUGUAAGACAGAAGACUCGGCUGCACCAACAGAUGUGUUCAAGAGGGUGCUAGGGUUCCAGCUGGUCGGCCCAUUUGACAUUCUGGCUGGGAAACACGAAGGAGUCACUCACAACGCGGGGAAGAAGCCCAACUUCCUGCGACACUGGCGGUACUACUAUGACCCUCCGGAGUUCCUCACUGUUGUCAGGGGAGACGAUGACACACAGUUCCACAUCGGCUACUUCAGGGAUGAUCCCAAGGAGAUGCCGGUCUUUCUUGCUGCAAACUCCGCCAAGACGAGCUGUGUGCUCUCACCAAGGGGAGACAACCUGUUCGCUGCUGUCAGCUUCUAUGCGAAGGAUAAACUGAAGGGGAAGGAAGUGGGCGGAGGGGACAGGAAGUGGCUGGAGGGGGUGUGUCGGAGGUUGGAGGAAAAGGCUGGGCAGCUAGGACUCUCCCUCGACAUGCGCACUAAAUCAAUGAAGACCCGACAGAAGAAGGUAGUCUGCAACAGCUUCCACGGUGCAGGCAUCGUUGUCCCAGUGGAUGAGAACGAGAUCGGCUAUAGACCUGUGCCAGAAACUCCAAGUGACUUGAAAAAGAUCCUGAAGAAAAUUGUUGAUGCUCGGACGGAGAAGGAACGGAACCAGUUCUUCGACCCGCUGCAGGAGCUGAUCACGCUGGUGCAGUUUGCCAAUGAUGAGUGUGACUACGGGGAGGGUCUGGAGCUGGGAAUGGACCUGUUCAGCUACGGCGGCAAGGUUUUCCACUCCACCAUUCUCCAUCUCCUUCCCCUGGCCUACCAGCUACUGCGACGAACACCCUAUGCCAAGAUCAUAUCAACUCACUUACGACAUCGGCGACACACUGCUGACCUCAGUGAACUGGGCUAGGUUUUGUGUUAGUGAAUGUCAAGGGUUAUGAAUGAUUGGUGGUGAGCAGUUAUCAGCCGAUGUAAAUUUCUAUGAUAAAUUUUUAGCAACA